AUGGAAAAUUGCAAAGCAGCGCCCACCCCAAUCUCCGUUCAGUCCAAAACCUCUACAUACAGCCAUCUACCCUUCACCGAUCCACUCAUAUAUCGCAAGAUCAUAGGUUCGCUCCAAUACCUCACUAUUACAUGCCCAGACAUAGCUUUCCCCACAAAUCUGCUAUGCCAAGCUAUGCACCACCCACUCAACCUUCACUACUACAAACUCAAACGUCUCCUCCGCUAUAUCAAGGGAACGACAGCCUACGGACUUCCGAUCACCCGGGGAUAUCUUAUUCUCCGCUCUUACUCCGACUCCGAUUGGGCCUCAGAUCCCUCAGACCGUAAGUCCACAACUGGGUAUUGCUCCUAUCUUGGCAAUGCACUCAUCUCAUGGAGUGUCAAGAAACAACCAACAACUGCUAAAUCAUCCACGGAAGCGGAGUAUCGUGCUCUAGCUAGCCGCAGCAGCAACCGAUAUCAUGUGGCUUAG